AUGACAGAAAAUAGGAGAAGAAAAACAAAGAUGGGGGAAGUUUUUGGUCAGGUCAAGCAAAUCUUUUGUCAAUCAUGUUUAAAUAGGGAAAAGCAAACCAUUGCUAAAAAGUUUUGUCAAACGUGUAAUGAAUUCCAGUGUAAUGAGUGUUCGAAUGUGCAUAAUGUGCUCCUAUUCUUGAAAAAUCAUAAAUUGGUGGAUGCGGAAGAAGCUAAUGCUUCAAGACUAUUGCUUGAUAUGAAAGGAUUUGAUCGAUGUGAUCAACAUAAAAAACCAUUAGAAUUCUAUUGUGAUGAUGACAACACGCUUUGUUGUAGUACUUGCGCCAUUUUGGAUCAUCGUAAAUGUCACAUCGUUGUAGAAAUUGAACAGAUUGCCGAGGAAAUGACGACACUAAGUUCCAGACUGGAGGAAAAAUUGCAGAAAACAAAAGAAAAAGCUGAGAGUAUUGCUAGACAUAUUCUCUCUGCAAAAGAUCAACUUGCUCAAGACGUUAAUGACUUACUAGUCAAGAUUGGGGGAAUGCGAGAUGAGGUUAUGAAACUGUUCGACAAUUUGGAAUUAUUUGUCGUCAAUAGAGCUGAAAGUCUUCAAGAAAAAACAUUAAUUAAACUGACAGAGAAGCAAUCACAAAACGAAAAUUAUUUAGCUUAUGUAACAGAGUGUCUAGAAAGGAUUGACAGCAUUAACAAAAAUGGAAAUCAUGUGCAGAAAUUUAUUGUAGAACAGAAAAUGGAAAAUGAAGUCAAUAUUCUAUGCAGAAACGUAAGAGAGGAAUAUCAAAACUUACAGACGGUGUCCAUUUCUUUUGAUUUUGACAAAACAUUAAGGCUACCGCCACUACCAGUCGAUACUUAUGUUCCUGGACAACUACUAUUAAAGUCUUAUCAACGGGAUGAUUCAGGUUCUGACGAUACGGCGAUAUCAUUAACUCUAGUUUCUUCCAUUGAUUUGAAAGCACCGGAGGAUGAUAUUUAUGAACCACUAUAUUCCGGAAUAGAUUUUCUCUUCGAUGGUAGACUGGUUGCUGUGGAUAAUUCAAACAACAAAUGUUUAGUGUACAACCAGAAGCUUGAGGAAGUAGGAAUAUUUGAUCUAACUAACCGACCACAGUCUGUUGUAGCUGUAUCCGAUGAAGUAGUAGCAAUAACAAGUGGUGACAAAUACGAAAUAGAGUUCUUACAUAUAACUAAGUCUAACAAAAUAACAUCAUGUAAAAGAUGUAAAGUGCAAACAAAAUAUGACUCCAUAUGUUUAAAAGACGAUAGGCAAUAUGUCGUAGGGACUAUUGGUCACAAAAGACAUGCUCGUAUUGUAUCAUUAACUUGCGAAGAGUAUGACUUAGGUAUAGACUUUGAAAAUAAGAUAUUUCCUAUAGACUCAAGCUAUUGUACUUACAUUAGUAACAGUGACAAAGUUGUGCUUACGGACAGAGAUGAGCAUACUGUCUUCAUAUAUGAUAUCGAAACAAAUACAAGCGUGCCUGUGAUUGAUGAUAGGAUACAGGAACCAUGCGGGGCAGCAGUUGGUCCUGCUGAUACAAUCCUUGUUUGUAGUCAUAACACAAAUGCCAUUGUACAGGUCUCCCAAACGGGUCGGAUCUUGUCAUCACACGAUAUGGAUAUUGAUUUACCAUAUAGAGCAUGUGUGUCACACGACAAAUCAUUUCUUGCUGUCACAAAUACUUGUGUUGGAAACAAAAAACUACAGAAAUUCAAAAUUUCAUAA